CUGUCUGUUAUCUUCCAUCUUUGCUCUCUCUCUCUACAUCUUUAUCAUCCCUGCCUCCCUCUAUCUCUCGCUGCCUCUCUCUUCCCUCUAUUUUCUCUCUCUUUAAACCCUAAACCCUUUGGAUCUCUACGAAGCAGAUGAAGCCGAAAACCCUAAACCACAUGCAAACCCUAAGACGAAGCAAGCAGAUGAACAAGACGAAGUUUGAGAUUUCUGAAAUCGUCUGAAAUCCAUCACGCAUCUUCAAGUCUAGGUAACUCUUUGCUAUUACAACUAGGAAAAUGGAUCACCCUGAGGAUGAAUGUCGGGUCAGAGGUGAACAUCAUGGAAAACAAGAUGAUGAGGAAGCUGUUGCACGUCAUGAGGAAUUCAAAAAGUCAAUGGAGGCAAAACUGGCUCUUCGUCAGAAUAACUUGAACCCUGAAAGGCCUGACUUGGGUUUUUUCAGGACAUUAGAUUCCAGCAUUAAGCGCAACACUGCAGUUAUUAAGAAACUUAAGCAGAUUAAUGAAGAGCAGCGGGAAAGUUUGAUGGAUGAGUUGCGGGGUGUCAACUUAAGCAAAUUUGUUAGCGAAGCAGUGACAGCUAUUUGUGAUGCCAAGCUUAGAUCUUCAGACAUACAAGCUGCAGUUCAGAUCUGCUCUUUGCUUCAUCAAAGAUACAAAGACUUCUCACCAAGUUUGGUUCAGGGCCUCUUGAAAGUCUUUUUUCCUGGGAAGUCUGGAGAUGACUUGGAGGCAGACAAGAAUUUAAGAGCCAUGAAGAAGCGCAGCACUUUAAAGCUUAUUUUGGAACUCUACUUUGUUGGAGUUAUAGAAGACAGUGGUAUUUUUAUUAACAUCAUUAAGGAUCUUACUAGCAUAGAGCAUCUAAAGGACCGAGAUGCAACUCAGACGAAUCUGUCUCUUCUUGCUAGUUUUGUACGACAAGGGAGAGCUUUCCUAGGUCUUCCACAGUCUGGACAAGAAAUUCUUGAAGAGUUUUUUAAGGGCCUUAAUAUCACGGCAGAUCAGAAGAAAUUUUUCAGGAAGGCAUUGAAUACAUAUUAUGAUGCAGCAGCAGAGCUACUUCACUCAGAGCAUAGUUCACUUCGCCAAAUGGAGCAUGAGAAUGCAAAGAUUUUGAAUGCAAAAGGUGAGCUGAGUGAUGAAAAUGCCUCUUCAUAUGAAAAGCUGCGAAAAUCUUAUGACCAUCUGUAUCGUGGUGUCUCAGCGUUAGCUGAAGCUCUUGACAUGGAUCCUCCAGCGAUGCCAGAGGACGGUCACACAACUAGGGUCACAACCGGGGAGGACACAUCAUCUCCUGGUGCUGGAAAAGAUUCUUCUGUUCUUGAAGCAAUGUGGGAUGAUGAAGAUACAAGAGCUUUUUAUGAAUGCUUACCGGAUCUCAGAGCAUUUGUUCCUGCAGUCUUACUGGGAGAAGCAGAACCCAAGGUGAAUGAGCAAUCUCCAAAGACACAAGAGCAACCAUCUGAUUUGGCACCUGAAUCAGACCAAGGUCAGAUGGCUAUCCCAGAUUCUGCAGAGGUUUCUACAGAUUCUGGAACUUUGCAGGAGGCGAAAAAUGAGAAAGGUAAAGAUAAAGAUGAAAAAGAUAAAGAAAAGGCCAAAGAUCCUGACAAAGAGAAAGGAAAAGACAAGGAUGCUGAACGAAAAGGAGAAAUUGAGAAGGAGAAAAUUAAAGGUCUUGAAGGAACAAAUUUGGAUGGUCUACUGCAGAGGCUUCCCGGUUGUGUGAGCCGUGAUCUAAUUGAUCAGUUGACUGUGGAGUUUUGUUAUUUAAAUUCGAAAUCAAACCGUAAAAAGCUUGUGAAGGCUUUGUUUAAUGUCCCCAGGACAUCUCUAGAACUGCUGCCAUACUAUUCACGCAUGGUUGCCACACUGUCAACUUGUAUGAAGGAUGUAUCUUCCAUGCUCUUGCAGUUGUUGGAGGAAGAGUUCAACUUUUUGAUAAAUAAGAAGGAUCAAAUGAACAUUGAAACAAAGAUCAGGAAUAUUCGGUUUAUUGGGGAACUCUGCAAGUUCAAAAUUGCUCCAACUGGCCUUGUUUUUAGUUGUUUGAAGGCUUGUUUAGAUGAUUUUACUCAUCAUAAUAUUGAUGUUGCCUGCAAUCUUCUUGAGACAUGUGGCCGUUUUCUUUACCGGUCCCCUGAAACUACUGUACGCAUGGCUAACAUGUUGGAGAUAUUGAUGCGUUUAAAAAAUGUAAAAAAUUUGGAUCCUCGUCACAGCACACUAGUAGAAAAUGCUUACUACCUGUGCAAACCUCCAGAACGAUCUGCUCGAGUCUCUAAAGUUCGUCCACCGUUGCAUCAGUAUAUCAGAAAACUACUUUUCUCAGACCUCGAUAAGUCUUCCAUUGAGCAUGUGCUGAGACAACUUCGUAAGCUACCAUGGAGUGAAUGCGAGCCCUACCUUCUAAAAUGCUUUAUGAAGGUUCACAAGGGAAAGUAUGGUCAGAUUCACUUGAUUGCUUCACUUACUGCUGGCUUGAGUCGCUAUCAUGAUGAAUUUGCAGUUGCUGUUGUUGAUGAGGUCUUGGAGGAAAUAAGGCUGGCGCUAGAGUUGAAUGACUAUGGGAUGCAGCAACGACACCUUGCCCACAUGCGGCUCUUAGGGGAGCUAUACAACUAUGAACAAUUGGACUCAUCUGUUAUUUUUGAUACCCUCUACUUGAUUCUCGUUUUUGGUCAUGGGACAGCAGAGCAAGAUGUGUUGGAUCCACCUGAAGAUUGUUUUCGCAUCAGGAUGGUUAUUACACUUCUUGAAACAUGUGGGCAUUAUUUUGAUCGAGGUUCUUCAAAGAGAAAACUCGACAGGUUCUUAAUUAAUUUCCAGAGGUAUAUUCUUAGCAAAGGUCCAUUACCGCUGGAUAUUGAAUUUGACUUACAGGACUUGUUUGUGGAUUUACGCCCAAAAAUGACCCGAUAUUCUUCCAUUGAAGAAGUUAAUGCAGUUCUAAUUGAACUUGAGGAGCAUGAACGUACUGUUUUGACUGACAAGGCCAACAGUGAGAAGCACUCAGACACUGAAAAGCCUCCAAGCAGGUCUACUUCUGGCAGUGUCUCAGUGAACGGACAGAACCAUGAAAAUGGUAUUGAGGGAAAUGGUGGAGUGCACGAAGCAAUGGCUGACAGUGACAGUGAUUCAGGGAGUGGCACCCUUGACCCAGAGGGACAUGAGGAUGAAGAAGAUUUGGAUGAAGAGAAUCAUGAUGAUGCGUGCGAUAGUGAUGAUGAUUAUGAUGAUGCGGGCGGUCCUGCUUCUGAUGAGGAUGAAGAAGUACGUGUUAGGCAGAAGGUGACCCACAUGGACCCUCAGGAGGAAGCUGAGUUUGACAAAGAAUUUAGGGCUCUGAUGCAGGAGAGCUUGGAUUCACGAAAGCUAGAAUUGCGGGCCCGGCCAACACUGAACAUGAUGAUACCAAUGAAUGUGUUUGAGGGGCCCACCAAAGAUCAUCAUGGCAGGGGUUUCGAGGGGGAAAGUGGCGAUGAGACAUUGGAUGAGGAAGCAGGAGGAAGCAAGGAGGUUAGGGUGAAAGUUCUUGUGAAGCGUGGGAACAAGCAACAAACAAAACAGAUGUCCAUUCCUCGGGAUUGCUCACUCGUGCAAAGCACGAAACAGAAAGAAGCAGCAGAACUCGAAGAGAAACAGAACAUCAAGAGGCUGGUUUUGGAAUACAAUGAUAGAGAAGAGGAGGAGCUUAAUGGGUUUGGGACGCAACCAACAAGCUGGAUGCAAAGCGGGGGAAGCAGAGUUUCCAAUCGGGGCCACACGUGGGAAGGACAUGGUGGAGGGAGGGGUACCGGAUCACGCCACCGUCAUCAGCAUUAUUAUUCUGGUGGUGGAAUCUAUUAUAAUAGUCGAAGAAAGUGAACCAUAUACAAAGCUUGAGGGGCCGGCUUUCACACCAUUGGCUUUCUCACCCGCAUCAAAACAGUACACCAUCAGUAGUGGAUAUGGAUGUAAAAUACCAGAAUGUAUACCCCUUUGGCGGUGAAGAACAGGCAAAUGACUUUUUUCCCUUCUCUCUCCUCGACUUAUUGGCAAGGUUGGAAUCCUAGUUUCAUCUGUUUCUGUAUGAAGUUAGCAUUUUGGAAAGAGUCCGAUGUAGAGGAGGUUUUGUGAAUGAUGAAUUUCAGAAUGUGUGGCUGUGGCUAAAAUUCUAAUUAUAUUGACUGGAACUUUUCGAAACCAUAUUUGCCUAUGUAUAUAUUUUUGUUAAUACUAAGAAAGGUUGUUGGAUUUGAGAUUUCUGUCA